UAUUUUGGUGAAAUUUGUUACCACAGUUGAAGUUUAUUAGAAUCUGGAAAUUUCGUGGCAGAAAUUGUAUUUUGUUGUACCCACCACAACACAACGGCGCAUUUGGGUAUAGUAAAAGAAGAAAGGUUCGGUGUUUAUGAUUUACGCAGCGAUUCGUGUAGCGAAAGCAAUUCCCCAAUUUUGAUUUGUUUUGAGGAACACAACAGUUCCCAUUCAGAACCCUAACCUAACCGCAUACCCUUUCUUCAACCUCUGCGUCCAAACAACGCCACACACGCACGAUGGUGUUCUACUUCAAGGCGCGUCCUGAAGCCGGCGAUUACACUAUCUUCAUGGGUCUCGACAAGUUCGAGAACGAGGAGCUCAUCAAAUACGGUUUUCCCGAAGAUAUCUGGUUCCAUGUUGAUAAAAUGUCUUCAGCCCAUGUGUAUGUCCGGCUGCACAAAGGCCAGACUAUUGAUGGCAUGAGUGAAGGUUUACUGGAAGACUGUGCUCAGCUUGUCAAAGCAAAUUCAAUUCAAGGGAAUAAAGUGAACAAUGUUGAUGUUGUUUACACUCCAUGGUCUAAUUUAAAGAAAACUGCUUCAAUGGAUGUUGGUCAAGUUGGUUUUCACAAUUCAAAAAUGGUUCGAACAGUGAGAGUUGAGAAGAGGAUAAAUGAGAUUGUUAACAGGCUAAACAAGACAAAAGUGGAAAGGAAACCUGAUUUGAAAGCUGAGCGAGAAGCAGUUAAUGCAGCUGAACGAGCUGAGAGAAAACAACAAUUAAGAGAAAAGAAACGCCGUGAGGAAUUGGAAAGACUCGACAAGGAGAGACAAGCAGAGCUUCGGAGCUACAAGGGUUUGAUGGUUGCUGAAAAUAUGACAUCAAACAAACAAAUUGCAUCUGGAAGCAAAUCAUUGCAGGAACUGGAGGAGGAUUUCAUGUAAGCAUUUGAUUAUUGGGUUUUAGGCAGAUGAGUGGCGAUCAACUUGCUAUCUGGCAGAUCUAUAUAUUGAUUACUUCUGGAAUCUGAAGCUGCAUUAUGUUAUCUUUCUUGAAGAAACCAAGUAAUGUGUUUACCCAACUGUGAUCAGAUAGAGAAAAAGAGGGGGGUGGGGGGAACGGAAUGAUUGGACUAUGUUCUUCGCAAAGGCAAUGUACCUUAUCUAUAACCUUGCUUGGGACAAUGGUUUUUAUAUUAUUGUUCUCACAGUCGAGUCAAAAACUGAAAUAUUUCUUGCUACAUUUAGUGGCAGUUUACGCUUGGCUCGUUUAGAAUUUAGUUUCCCCUUUUUAAUUUUAUUUUCCCCGCUUGCGAAAUUGUUGCAAAAUGAUCUCCAGUGUUGAUGGUACGGGCAGAAAAGCCUUUUAUUGUUGAUAUUAAAACUAAUAGAACACCAUUUUAGCUUGA